AUGGUUAGAACAAAAGCUGAUGGGUGUGGACGAAAAGCUGUUGCAGCCAAGGCACCAAGGAAAGCAUUGAGCAGUUCAAGUCAAUCAGCGUCAUUUGCAUCGCCUGGCAAAGCAGGAGCCAAAAAUGCAGGUGGUGGCAAUCCAGUUUGUGUGCGACCAACCCCUUCAUGGCAAAAAGGUAUGGGAAACUUUAUUACAACAGCUCCAUCAAAAAGCAAAUCAUUAGAUAAAGAGAAUGAAGUGCCAGAUGACAUGGAAGGUGCAGGAUGCAGCAGCGCCCAGGACAGCUGCAUGAAAGAAUCGUCAACAGAAACAGUUACUCCAACGAAAAACAAUAUCAUAGAAAGUGAUGACGACGAUGAUUAAAAAGCUCAAAAAGAAAUGGAUAAUAUUGUAUAUAUACUAGAAUUUUUACUGAUUUUUGUACCACACUCUUCACCUUCAGACCUUUAAACAAUUUGACAGAAUUAAACAGGGUGAAUCUUGCUGUGUACGUGCACGUUAUUAUCCCAUGUGAUAUUUUUAGUCCCCGUUCGGACGCAGUCCGAAAACGGGGACUUAUGUUUUGCCCUGUGUGCGUCCGUCCGUCCGUCCGUCCGUCCGUGAUCACCUGUAUCUCGAACAUGCAUGGACCGAUUAAGUUCAAACUUCACUCAUACAUCACACAUAUGGGACAUAUGCACAUGCAUUUUUUUCAUGAUCCGAUUAACGAUAGCCGAAUAGCGGCCAUUUUAAGGCCGAAAAUGCAUCAAAAUCGCACAUUUUCACCAUUCCGGACCCGGAUCUCAGUUAUGCAUGGACGGAUUUUGUUCAAAUUUGGUACAUACAUUAAACAUAAUAGGACCUUGAUGCACGUCAUUUUUUUUUUUGGAUCGGGUUCGAAAUGGCCGACUGGCGGCCAUUUUGUUUUAAAGAAUUCAGUUCUGGAUCCGUAUCUGAGACAUGCUUGGAUUGAUCGAGUUCAAA